ACACACAGACUGUACAUGUUUCAUCUUUUCUCUUCUCAGGAACUUUCGAAGCACUUUGACAAGAGCGACCCCGGAUAUGAGGUCGUUGAGGACGCCAUCAUCACCAUGACCGCGGUGGCCUGGUAUAAUGACAUGAAGAGGAAACAGGAACACGCAGUGCGACUACAGGAAAUUGAGUCCCUGCUGGUGAACUGGAGCGGGCCGGACCUCAGCGGGUUUGGAGAGCUGGUUUUGGAAGGUUCCUUCAAGGUCCACAGAGUGAAGAAGGAGAGAGCUUUCUUCCUGUUUGAUAAGAUGCUGCUGAUCGCCAAGAAGAGGCUGGAACAGUUCGUCUACAGCACGCACAUAUUUUGCUGUAAUCUGCUGCUGGUAGAGACUCUGAAGGAUCCUCUGUGUUUCAAAGUGUCAGAUCAGACGAUUCCCAAACAGCAGCACACCGUCCAGACAAAGAACCAGGAGGAGAAGAGACUUUGGGUGCACUACCUCAAGAGACUGAUCUUAGAAAACCAUCCUGCUUCAUUCCCACAGAAGGUAAGGAGGGAGGAG